AUGAGUGACUGGUUUGUGGAUGAUGAGGGGUCGUGGUUUAGUACUGGGCAAGAGUGGACAGUGGAGUCUGGAUCGUCGAGUUCAGAACCGUCGAGCAAUUCGGAGCACUGGAUCGUAGUGACGGACUUGGAACAGCAGACACUAACAGAUCAUGAUAGCAGCAGUGAUUGGGACGAGGACGUAUAUCUUAUGCCGAGAGACAACGUGCAGCCCAGCACAACGGUGAAUGAGUAUGGCGAACACAUGACUUGGCCAGUACAUUACCCUGAGGAGGAGAGAGUAGUGCCAUCUACUCAGAUCAUAGAGAUCAGUUCAGGCGAGACUACACCAAACUCUUGGGAUAGAGAUAGUCCACCAAGUGUUCUACCGCAUAUACCAAUGCCGCAUGUAUUUGCACCGGGAGGUGGAGUAUACCCGUACAUGCCAACGGAGGAGAAUCCAACGGACUACGUGUACCCGUUCAUUACCACUGGCGUAGAAAGCAAUGAUCCAGCCGUUGCAGUUCAAGUCAAUAGUGAAGUCUUCAGAAACCAACCUGAAGAACCGGAUACGCCGGAACCAACAUGGGAGGAUUAUCUUGGACACCAGAACGUAUCACCCACGUACUGGACAAGGAAACUCAACGAGAUCGCUGGAUACACAUCAUCAAUGGAGCAUGGAGAAGGAAGCAUACCUCAAGAUCAAGGAGAAGCUAAUGCAAUGUGGUGUACAAUGUAUGGAGAACAAGAUGCACCAAACUCGGUGGCAGGCAAUGAGCUCAACAUCAAAUACCGGAUCUUAACCAAACCACGGAGGAAGGUACCGGAGAGAAUGAAUGGCUACAAGAUGAUGAAGGUCUUAACCUAG